AUGCUAGUACAUUUUGCCGUAAGCCAAAGCUUUCUGUAUAUCAGAAAACAGAGAGGAGAAAAACUCUAUGAAUGUAGUGAAUGUGGGAAAACCUUCUACCAGAAGUCAUCCCUCACAGCAUAUCAGAGAACACACACAGGGGAGCAACCCUAUGAAUAUAAUGAAACCUUUUACCAGAAUCCUGACUUUGCUAAACAUCAGAGAGACAACAUAGAGGAAACCCUUGUCAACAUCCUGAAGGCUCAGAAACCUUCACCUUCUUGGACUCAUUGCAUAGCAGAAACAACCCAGGUUGGGCUAUUUCUUGAAGGCAUCCUGCUGCUGAGUAGGGCUGAGAUUGAAAGGCCCAGUAACGAAGUGGAUGCUUAUAAAUGCAGGUCUGUGGUUGGGGAUGAGCAAUUUAUGGAGGAAAGACUGUUUGGAUUGUGGACAGCAGAGGAUAGUGAUUGUGUGCUUUGGGACACUAGGCUCAAGGAUGGAAUUGUUAGUAAUAGAAACUCCUUUGUAAGGAAGCUUGAUGAGCUCAGUGCACAUGUGAAAUUGCUCCUUCAUAUAAGACAUGAGCAUCCUUAUGCCAGAAAGAAACCUUUUGAGUGUGACAGAAAUGAGAAAGCCAUAUGUCAGAAUGAGGACUUACUUCAGCAUCAGGAUAUUCAAACUCUGAAGCAAAUUUUUGAAUACCUUGAGUGUGGGAAAGCUUUUCAUGAGAAGGCAGCCUUCAGUACCCAUAAGAGAAGAACUCACACAAGGGAGAAUCGCUAUGAGUUUAAUGACUGUGGGAGGAGCCACAGUUCAUCUCUCGUGGUACGUAAUAAGAUACACAGAGGGGAGAAACCUUAUGAAUGUGCUGAAUGUGGGAAAACCUUCACAAAUAGGUCAGGCCUUACAGUUCAUCCACAGAUACACACAGGGCAAAAACCCUGUGAAUGUAUUGAAUGUAGGGAAGCCUUCAGAUAUAAGUCAGGCCUUACAGUAUAUCAGAGAACACACACAGGUGAUAAACUCUAUGAGUGUAGUGAAAGUGGGAAAAAAUUCUGUGAGAAGUCAAAUCUCCAAGUGCAUCAGAGAACUCACACAGGGGAGAAAUCCUAUGAGUGUAAAGACUGUGGAAAAACCUUUGUUUACAGUUCAUUCCUCAUAGUACAUCAAAGGAUACACACAGGUAUAAGACCCUAUGAAUGUAACGAACGUGGGAAAAUAUUCUCACAAAAGCCAAACUUCAUUUAUCAUCAGAGAACUCAUACUGGAGAAAGGCCCUAUGAGUGUAAUGACUGUGGGAAGUCUUUCUCAGUGAAGUCAAAACUUAUUGUGCAUCAGAGAACUCACACAGGGGAAAAACCCUAUGAAUGUAAUGAAUGUGGGAAAACCUUUUUCCAGAAGUCGUCUUUUAUAGUACAUCAGGGAAGACACACAGGGGAGAAACCAUAUAAAUGUAAUGCAUGUGGGAAAAGUUUUUCCCAGAAGUCAUCCCUUACUGUACAUCAAAAAAGACAUACAGGAGAGAAACUUCAUAAAUGUAAUGAAUGUAGCAAAACUUUUUACCACAAGUCAUCCCUCAGAGUACAUCAGAGAACCCACACAGGAGAGAAACCCUACAAAUGUAAUGAAUGUGAGAAGACUUUCUACCAGAAGUUAUCACUCAUAGCACAUCAGAAAACACACCGAAGGCAGAAAUCCUGUGAAUCUACAAAUGUGGAAAGCCUUUUAUCAGAAUUCAUGAAUCUGAGAAAGUACAGAAAGAAGAAGUCUCUGUUAGCAUCUUCUGAAAGUCCAGAAACCUUUUCGUGCUUAACUUACUCAGUUUAAAUUAAAAACAGUGAAGGGGAAAAACUUUGUAAGUAUGAUAAAUAUUUUGCCUGGUAAUAAAGGGCCAUCUUAAUGAGCAGCAGAUAUUUGAUAUUUGAAACAUCUUAUGAAUAUUUUGAAUAAGUUGUAGCUUUGAAAAUGAUUCAUUUUUGGUUAUACAUCAGAGAUUUUAGCUCACUGAAAAUAUACCAGUUUGGUAAUUGAGACUAAAAACUUCCUCUAGAAAUAUUAUACUAAAAUUCUUGUUUCUGAUAUACCAAAAUUUUAUUGAAAAUAUUCAAUUAUAGACAUACUGUGU